AUGCAUCGAGUCUGCUAUUCCUCUUGCGCCAAUAAACAGAACUACAACAAUAACAGAAGCAACUACGACUACAACAACAACAUCGAGUCUGCUACUUUCAGCUGCCCGUUCAAGGAAAAUAUUAAUCAAUUUUACGAAGAUGGGACUUUAAGUGCUGUUAGCAUGAGAGCUGAUUCUGAAACAUUUCCAGCUCAUAAAAUCAUUCUGAGUAGUCGCUCUCCCGUCUUCAAGGCAACGUUUACCAACGACAUGCGGGAGAAGGCCAGCAAAUGCAUCGACAUGCCUGACGUGGAUGCUGCCACCCUGCGGCAUCUGUUGUCAUACAUAUACACGAACAAGAUGCCAGAAGUUGAGUGGGACGAAGCUGUAGAUUUGUUUAGAGCGGCUGAUAAAUACGAAUUGUUGGAACUGAAAAAGCAAUGUUCCAGUAUCAUAAUGUCAAACAUAUCCAGAACAAAUAUUUAUGUUCUUCUUUCGCUCGCAGAUACACACAAUGAAGAAGAACUUUAUAAAGCAGUGCCCAAUUUUGUGUCAAGGAAUUCUGAUGUAUUUAAGUCUGAAACAUGGAAAACAUUUAAAUGGGAAAACCCCGAAUUAGCAAUGGAAGCGAUGGAACGAAAAAUUUACAUUAAGAACUCUCACUAA